AUGCCGGGCCGUCUUUCGAACAAAGUGACCAUCAUCACCGGCGCCGGCGGCGGCUUCGGCAAGGGCAUCGCGCAGAAAUUCCUCGAAGAAGGCGCGACCGUCAUCAUCGCGGAUUUCGUGCAAGAAUUGGGAACUUCGACCGCGAAAGAGUUGGGGUGUGAUUUCCACAGGACCGAUGUGACGAAGAAGGAAGACUGGGAGAGUAUCAGGGAGUUCUGUGAGGGCAAGUAUGGACGGAUUGAUGCGGUGGUGAACAAUGCCGGGACGACGUAUAGGAAUAAGGUGAGUAUCUAGCAUAUGGUGGAUGAGGAUGGUGGGAUGUGGGAUGAGUGGACAGACGGGGUGUGCUGACGUUUUCGGGGGGGUGGCUUAUUAGCCGACCGGGGAAGUGACAGAGGAGGAGUUCGACAAAGUGAUGAAUGUGAAUGUGAAGAGUGUGUAUUGGUCGGCGAAUAUCAUCGUGCCGUAUAUGCAGGAGAAGAAGAUUGCCGGGUCGUUUGUCACGACUGCUUCGACGGCGGGGAUUCGACCGAGGGGCGGGUUGACUUGGUAUAAUGUAAGUUCAGCGCACUGCAGUGCUCGCGACUGUGAGAGUGUUGGAGAGGCGUGUCAGACUGAUAUGUUGUGUUGGUCUCCAGGCGUCGAAGGCUGCGGUCAUUAAUGCUUCCAAGAGCAUGGCGGUGGAAUAUGCCAAGGACCAGAUCCGAUUCAACACGGUCUGUCCUGUGGUUGGAUUGGGAACAGGGCUGUGAGUAUAAAAAUCCGUGAUAUGGACGAUGGGCGAUUUCGGUCUUGCUCACAUGACGGACUACAGGACGGAUUCCUUCCUCGGAAAGCCAGAAAAUGAGAAGACUUUCAUGGCAACGGUGCCGCUGGGACGCGGAUCCACGCCGCGAGAUGUGGGAAACACGUGUUGUUUCCUGUGCAGCGACGAGGCGGACUUCUUGACGGGGAUUGAUGUUCCGGUGGACGGAGGACGUUGUGUUUAG